AUGGUUUUUGGUGAAUCAAACUCCCUUUUCACAGAUUGGGAGAGGUGCUAUCAAAACAUCAUCACAUUCCUCAUGAAAGAGGAAAACGAGAAAGAAAAAACUGUGAAAGAACUUCCGGGCACUGUUAGUGAAGGAAAUUUAAGUGAAAAUGGACAAGAUGCUUCAAUUGUUUGGAGAUUAUUUGGUGCCUACGAUGGAUGCCAUUACUGGACAAAAACACAACCAAAUAUAGAAUUGAAGAUUCUCAGGGAUUAUUCCUGUUUGUUGGAAGAUCCUUGCUACUUCCAUUGGGGUAAACUAUUGAACCACAGUUUCAGUUGCUGUAAACAGUCGCCCGGUUCGGUUGGAUGCACAACUGGAAAACUUCAUGUUUGGAAUGGUACCGUUGAUGGUACAAAUGAGCCUUUAGAUGGCUUUGUGAAAACAAAAUCCUCUGGGCUAGGGAACAAACAAAAUGUUUAUGCUUUGGACUGUGAGAUGUGUUACACAGGACUAGAAUUGAGUCGAGUUGUCAUUCGUUCAUGUACCGGAUCGAUUGUGUACGAUCAUUUUGUCAAACCUGAUAAUGAAGUAGUCGAUUAUAAUACACGAUAUUCCGGAGUAACUGAGAGUGAUAUUCACGAUUCAACCGCCAAGUCAUUUUCAAACGUGCAAAGCGACAUUUUGAAAUUGUUCACCGAAGACACUAUCUUAGUAGGACAUAGUUUGGAUAAUGACUUGCGAGUUCUCAAAAUCCUGCAUUCCAAAAUUGUAGAUAAUUUCCUUUCAAGUAUUCCUUGA